GUUGUCAAAUACAAUGGUUCGCUUCUUGUGUAAAGAGUGGUCAUCUUGUAAAUAUUGUUAAAAUUAUAAAAAUAAAUAGCAGCACCAAUUAUACAUCAAUUAUCGUUAUUUUCCAAAAAGUGUUAAUUUAUAUGUGUGAUAAUAACUUAUAUGGAUAAAGUGCUAUAAAGUUGCUCUUGCCCAAUCAGGGUUAACACAAUGGUGAUAGAAGCUGCCACAGAUAAACAUACAGACGAGUUUUUCGUAGAUCGAGUAACGUUACGGCCUAGGGCGGGCGGUGACGUAAUGACUCCAGAACGAUCAGUCAGCACUUUAGACCUCGCUAUGUCUUACUCAGCACCGUCUAAUCUAGUGCUUACACCAGCUCCAGAAUGUCGAAAACUCUCCCGAGGCAUAUCACGUGCCACAGAUAACGAAGGUCUUGUCUGGGCGUUACGUAGUAACACAGAACCAGACUUGAACACUCUUAGCUCAGACCAUAUACUCCUGUUACCGGAUAUAUCCGUUUAUCCUACAGAUUUCAGGAUAUUUAUCGAGAAGGACCUCCUCGAAACGGCUACUUUAGUGACCUUAGAGUCCGCAAGUAUUCUCAACUGGUGGCGUGGUCAAGUACCAGGUGCCCCCAGACUCCUACCGCUAGCGACAUCUGGUGAUGGUAACUGUCUCCCACACGCAGCAUCGUUGGCAGCAUACGGCUUCCAUGAUAGAUUAUUGGCUUUGAGAACUAAAGUACAGACACUUUUGUCAGGAGACGAAGGACAGGGUCUCACAGACGCAAUUCGUCGUCGUUGGCGCUGGUCGGAAAGCCUUUCCCUAAAAUCGGCCGGCCUAACAUUAUCUGAAGCGGAAUGGGAACGGGAAUGGGCUGAAUCAGUGAAAAUGGCGUCAACGGAACCGCGACCAAAACAUCAGCCGAGCGCUGCACCGCACUAUUCGGGCUUGGAACAACUUCACGUGUUUGCGCUGGCCCAUGUUAUGAGACGGCCGGUUGUCGUCUUCGCUGAUGUUGCUUUAAGGGAUUUCCGUGGCGACCCCAUAGCCCCAAUCCCAUUCGGCGGUAUCUACUUGCCUCUUGAACUAGAACCAGCUUCGUGCUGUAAGGCACCAAUAUUGCUGGCGUACGAUGCUGGACAUUUCUCGGCGCUGGUGCCUUGUGAGCCUCUGCCAAGUGAUGGAGCCAGGGUUCCUUUGGAAGAUCCUUCGCAGAAUCCUUUACCGAUCAGGUUCAACGUUGACCCAGGUGAAGAGUUCCGCUGGGAUGUAGAGCCAGAUCAAAAAACCAUAAACAACCUCCUGCCAGAUGAAUUUCAGCGUUCCGCCAUGUUGGAGGCGUAUAUGGACUUGGAAAGAGUGGAGUGCCUCCAAAGCCAUCCUCCAGAAGAGUUGAGAAGGUCCUUGGACGCCCUCUCGACUAAGAGCUCGAAGCAGAUGAACUCUGUUGCGAAGCAAUUUGGGAGUAUUGGCAGAUCAAUGAGUAGCAAACUGAAAAAGAACUUCGGUUCCAUGGCGAAGUUAACUGGGAAACUGAGUGGCAGUCAAAGUAAUCCAGAGCAUCUGGUGGAGAGGCAGACUUGUGAGGUCCUAUGUUGCAGAGUUUUAGCUGCAAGGGCACCAGUUCAGGAAGAAAUGGUCAAGAAUUACUUGAAUGAGGCCUGGAUUGGUUACACAUCGGAGAAGAAUCGGAGAGAGGAGCCCCAAAUCGCUCCGAGAUAUGGGACUGGAAGAUCGCAGUUUUAUACCGAAGCGGACAGAGAAUCCCACCAUGCUGCGAAUACUCUCACAGCGCGAUCCGUCAAACCGGCACAGGUACAGGACAGAACGCUCUACCUGUCCAAAUCGACAUUUUACGACGACCGGCCCCCCUCCCCGAAGCCCUGCAGGGCUCCGCUCUGCAUGUACUACGGGAGCCCCGCCUACAAUGACUACUGCUCCAGAUGCGCCCAACAACAGUAACUGUCAAACCAUAUUGGACAUGUUAUGUAACCUAUGUUCUUAAUUAAUCAGACAAACAUACAAAAUCCCUUAUAAAAACAUUGUUUCUAAAACAUGGUAACAUACACUAUUAGUCUUGAAUUCAAUAAAUCAAUAAGUCCUGAAUUUUCCUAGUGGAAAAUUCACCCAUAUUGGCAUCUUAACUUAAAUCAUAAAACCGAAACAACUGUUUUGCUGGACAAGGAAACCGUUAUCAAAUACUGACUAAUACUAACACAAACUUAUUACUAAUUUUAGUUUGCGUGUCAAAGCCGAAUUCAUUUACUCAUAUUAGCAAUGUCAAAAUAACAAUAACAUUUAUCUUAUAACUCUAUUAGCAAGUUUUUUUAUUAUUAAAUUGUAGCCAUGGCGGCAUUAUCGAGCUACUUUUAUAGUAGACAAAAACUUAUGUUUAUAUGGUAUAACUAUAUGAAUAAGAAAUGUGUUGUUGAAUAAUGAAGUAUAGGAUUCAUUAUUAAAGAACCAGAAAAUUCUUAUAAGUCACGGCGUUCAUAGAAACAUGUCCAAGUCCAUAGUGAUUAUCAAUCUUGGUAUAAGAGAUUUGAAAAAUCCCUUACCACAGAAAGAAUGCUUGAAAUUCGAUGUUUUUAGCAAAAGGAGGAAGAGAAAUUUUUUUAGGUAUGAUAUUUCAUGGGUGUUAAAUCAAGCCCUGAAUUAGGUUUUAAUACUCAACGUAUUUAAACUUUUCAAAGUAUUUAAAGUUUCAAAUUGACUCAUUUCUUAUACAAAUAUUUUAAAAAAUUCAAAGUCCGAAGGAAAAUAGAUUAAAAACUUAUCAGAUUGAAAUAAUCUAUAUAUACAGAUCCUACUCUAUUUUCAGCAAUUUGAUAUGUACUGUUACAUGAUUAAAUUACUUUGCGUUUUAGAAUAUAUAUUUUUAUAAUAUAAAAAAUAUUUUUCUAUAGAAAACAGGCUGUAAGGAAAUUACUUAAUUUAAUCCUAAGUUAAAGUAUUAACGUAGUUUUAAGAGUUGUUAUUUUUUUUUUGAGCACUAGUAGUCAGUGCCAAAAUUACUUUUGUUUCCGCCAAGAUGAGGCACAACUUCCAUUGGGUGCUAUUCAAAAAGUGUGAAACUUCUAAAUUGACUCUAAAUUUUCCAAAAGCUCGAGCCAAAUCCGAUUUGAGUCCCUCAAGAUAUUAGAUUUUUAUUUUGUCCCACUUCUUCCAGCACAGUGGAAUUGCAUACAUGAUAUUUCAAUAAAUACAGUUAGAUUUGUUGCUGAACGUAUAUCAAAUAUCAAUAAGGAGUGUUUAAAAUAUGAUUCUUAAAAACAUACCUUAAGAAGUACCUUUUACUCUUUUUUGGUUAACAAUAGAAGGAUGGAUUGAAUGUAUUUUCUGUAAAUUUGAAAUUUUAUUGCAAUGUCCCUACAGUUUUCAAAAUGUAAGUCAACUGCAACAACAACAAAUUUUAGCGUUAUCAAAAUUGUCACCAAAACGAAAUGGUAAUUUUGACAUUGACAUUUUGACAAGGUAUAAAUUUACAAAAUAUACAAACUCUCAUUCUGAAGCUAAUAUUUAUAACCAAUGUCUUAAGAAAGUUGCGAAAGUUUUGUGUUCAAUAAAUCUAUGCCAGGGUGAAUUAGAGUAACUGGUAUUAUUAUAAGUGUGUAUAAUAAGGCAGGUAUAAUAACUAAAUAAGUAUAAAGAAAACUGUGGAAACAGUUUAAUUUAGGUGAUAUUGAUGACGAUGAAAUAUUACAAAAAAUUCUAUCAUACAUGAUCAUAUGUUACAAAAAACAUUUAGGUAUAGACAAUAGAGAGCUGUCAAAUUCUACUUCCAAUAAUAUGUAAUUUUAUUAGAAAAGCUUCUUCGCUUUAAGUGGCUAUUUUAUAGUUCAUUAUUGACAUUAAAAUCAUUGUUAUCUCUAUCGUCUAGAUUACCAAUAUGUUAUUGCGAAAUUGAGCUUCUAAUAUUUAAGAUAUGACUCCCGUAGAGACUGUCAUUCACAUAGUUUCAAAUAGACAAUAAAAUUUAAUGAGUUCCUAUAUAAAAUCAAUAUUUUCUGAAUCAAACCUUUACACUUCGUUCUUCAUGCAGGUACCUCUGAGCACGACAAAAAUCACAUUGAUAUUAGGAAUUGGUAUUUUUGUCAUUAAUAAAAAUUAUUUUUGUUUGUUCUAAAAUAUCAUUAGAGCUUCAAUCAGUAUAUGUAAUCAGUACACAAUACAAGUGCUUAGUUUUACAAUAUUAAAUUGUGAGUAAACUUAAAAUACAUUUAUAAUAUAAUAAAUUAUUAAGUUUGUUACAAUAAAUUAACAAAAUGUUGGCCCCCAAACCCCCUUUGUAAGUUCUAAAGUAUUUAAAUAUUUAAGAGUUUUUAUGCAUUUACCAGAGGCCUUGUUAAAUGGGCUUUAGGGUAAUUGCAAUGUUUUUCUUCUAAUCUAGUCUUAUAUAAUUUUAGGAUUUUCUAAACUAUCAUUUUAAUAUAUUUGAUAAGUGAUUUAUUUAACUGAUCAUUUGUCAUGGCCAAAUACUUAAAACAUAAUUUUUAUACCUAUUAAUGAGGAUAUUCUUGUUUUAAAUGUUGGCCUUCAUAACCCACCUCAUUUAUUGUUAUGUUCAUAAAACAAUCUAUUGAUUCAAUCAAUGUUUAUCCUUAAUAGAUCUGUGUAACUGUUAACUUUAAAAUAAAGUGAGAUUACAUGACAAAACAAAUUCUAUAAACAAAGUGUUAAUGUUAUAUUUUUUCAAAAAGUGUAUUACUUAAACUAUUUAGAAUAGAGUUUGCAUAUCAUGU